AUGGCGGAUGUUCCGUUGCAAGUCAUCUCCGAGAAUUCAACCUCUGAGCGACGAAUCACUCCUUCGUGGUCGAUCACUCAACUGAAAAGGAAACUUGAACCUAUUACAGGCAUUCCUCCUUCAUCUCAACGCAUUAGCUUGAAAACUGCCUCGAAGGAGUCUAUUCCAAUCGAGGGUGCAGAUGAAGAUGUUGUGCUUUUGUCGAAUUUCCCUCUUUCUGCUUAUGCAGAGCUUCAUAUCAUUGACACUCGGCCAGCUAGUGCCAAGAUGAACUUCAAUGACACGUCGGGCAUUGAGAAAUACAUCAUGCCCCCAGAGGAAUACGAGAAGAAAUCUGACUCGGUCUUGGCAUGGAAAAAGGCCGAAAAACUAGGCCGCUUCAAUCCGGAUGCUCCCAGUCUAGAGAAGGCUAAGAUUGACGCUUUUGAGUUUGAAGUCAGGAAUAGGGGCAUAGAGGUAGGUAAAAGGUGCAGAGUUAGUGGCGACGACACUCGUAGAGGAGAAGUCAAAUACGUCGGCGAGGUAAAAGAAAUUCCCGGUUCUAUAGGUGCUUGGGUUGGAGUUCAACUCGACGAACCCGUAGGGAAGAAUGAUGGUAGCAUUGGAGGUACUAGAUACUGGGGCACUGAAUCUACGCUUAAGCAUGGCGUCUUUGUGAGACCAGAACGAGUAGAAGUGGGCGAAUGGCCUGUGCUCAAUGAUUUGGAGGAUAUGGAAGAGAUAUAA